AUGCCCCCAACCAAACGUAUCCUCACGACCGCCGCCCCGCGCACCACCGCAUCACAAACCCCGAAAUGGCACUCCGCAUUAACGAUCGACCUCAUCCUCAGCGUCCUACGUCGCACAAUCCUGCACCCCUGGCCGGCCUGGAUUCUGGUGCUCAGCCUGCGCGCCCAGGUUACACCAGUCACUGAUCUGGCGUUUAUUAUUGCGACGGGGUAUGCGGUUUUGUUGACGCUGGUUGCGAUCGCGGGGGUGGUGAAUGCGCGGGUUGCGUAUGGGUUGCCGAGGACGGUGGAGUUGGGUGAGGAGGUGGUUGUUAUUACUGGGGGGGCGAGUGGGUUGGGGUUGUUGAUUGCGGAGAUUUAUGCGAUGAGGGGUGUUGGGGUUGCGGUUUUGGAUUUGAAGGAUGAGAGGGAGGUCGAGCUUGGAGAGGGCGUGGAGUAUUAUACUUGUGAUGUUGGGAAGAGGGAGGCAUUGGAGGGUGUGCUUGUGAGGAUUGAGAAGGAGUUAGGCACCCCUACAGUUCUUAUUAACUGUGCUGCGGCGCGCAUCAACGGUCAGCCGCUUUUAUCGCUCUCCGCCGAGGCAUUCCAGAAAACCAUCCAGACCAACUUGUUCGCGGUGUUCCAUACCUGCCAGACAUUCCUGCCUCGCAUGCUGGCUGCUCCGAAUGGCGGUACGAUCGUGAAUGUCAGUUCGGUCUUGGGCCAGUUGUGUCCGGCGGGUCUGGCGGAUUACUCGACCAGCAAGGCCGGCCUGAGUGCGCUCCAUCGGACGUUAGAGGCGGAGCUUCGUGUGUCGGGAGAUGAUGAGAAGGUGAAAAUGAUCUUGGUUGAACCGGGACAGGUGGCGACACCAUUGUUUGCAUCGGUCAAGACACCAAACAAGUUCAUCGCCCCCGUUCUCGAACCGGUGCAUGUUGCUCGGGAAAUCGUUUCUGCGAUAGAGGAAGGAAGAGGGGGUGUCAUCCGACUGCCCGCGUACGCCACGAUGGUGAACUGGUAUGCGGUGUUGCCUGCAGGCCUACAGCGUCUUGCCCGGUUCUUGAGCGGAGUCGACCAUGCUGUAGCGCAAACGACACCCCAGAAAUCGCAUGAUGGACCGAAAGCAGCGAAAACAGAAUGA